AAUGGUCAAAACUCACCUUUUAUAUGUAUAGAUUAUUACGUGAUUAUUCAUCAAAUUCGAAACCGAUUUUAUUUUUUUAUUUUGUGUAUUUUUAAUUAUUACUAUCGUGAUAUAUUUAAGACAAAUGUGUGAUUUCGAUUCACUAUCAUUCUCUUUUCCUUUUUUAGUUUAUUUGGUUGAUCAUUCACAAAUUUGGCAUUUCCGAUUGUAAUUCUGCACAAUAAUUUUAUUUGCAGCUGGAAUGGAUGAAGGGAAAGUUCACCCAAUUGCGAGUAAUUCAGGGGAGAAAUUGGGGGCAAUUGCGAUGCCGGCUAAUGUAAUUCGCGACGCAGAUGGAUCGUCUAGGGUUAUAUUAUCGGAGCCCACCGGUUGUACGGCUGAGGUGCUUUUGCACGGCGGGCAGAUUGUAUCUUGGAAGAAUGAAAGAAGAGAGGAGUUGCUAUUUUUGACCAACAAGGCUCUUUGGAAGGCUGGUAAAGUCAUCAAGGGCGGGAUUUCCAUUUGCUUCCCGCAGUGUAUCAAUUUUGGGUCACCGGAGCAACCUGGAUUUGUGAGGAAUAGACUGUGGUCGGUAGAUGACUCUCCUGCGCCUCUGCCCCCUGCCAAUAGUCGCUCAACGGUGGAUCUUCUGCUUAAAUCCACAGAUGAUGAUCUGAAGAAUUGGCCGCAUAGGUUAGUAGUCAUUAGAAUGGCCAUCAUCCCAAUAACUGUAGUAUUUAACACAUUCUUAUGUUGUUUCGGUUUUGAUGGUUUGUUUAGAUUUGAGUUACGUCUACGAAUUUCUGUGACUGCUGGCAAGCUCACCGUGAUCCCACGUGUGCGGAACGUCGAUAGCAAGCCAUUCUCGUUCGCAGUUGCUUUAUGCAGUUACUUAUCCGUCUCUGAUAUCAGUGAAGUGCGUGUUGAGGGCUUGGAGACGUUGGACUACUUUGAUAAUUUGUUACAGAGGGAAAGGUAUACUGAGCAGGCUGAUGCAAUUACUUUUGAUGGUGAGGUUGAGCGGGUGUAUUUAAGCACCCCACCGAAGAUAGCAGUAAUAGACCAUGAGAAGAAGAGAACCUAUGUACUUCGCAAAGACGGGAUGCCUGAUGCAGCUUUAUGGAAUCCCUGGGACAAGAAAGCAAAGGCUAUGCCAGAUUUUGGUGAUGAGGAUUACAGGAUAUCGUUAUGCAUCGAUUCUUCUUCAAUUGAAACCCCAAUAGUCUUGAAGCCCUGUGAAGAGUGGAAGGGCCGCCAAGAGCUGACAGCCGUCUCUUCAAGUUAUUGCAGCGGACAGUUGGAUCCUCGAAAAGUACUUCAGGGGUACCAGUAUUGAAUUUGUAGUGCAUAUAUAUCGUAUCGGGAUCACUCGUCAUCAUUUUCCGUUGUGCAUACAUAAGCCGCUUCUUUUCUUUGUGGAAGUACUAAUCCAGCUUCAUGUUGUUUGAUGAGCUUUAUAGUAUCUUCUUUUAUAUGAGGUUCAACAUUUUACCUUGAUAUAGGAGAAUUAGAAUUACUUUUACACUAGAUUCUAUGAUGAUGGUGCCAAUUAUGGAACCUGGUUUUAGCUUUUAA